AUGACCUUCUAUCAAAUGAUGAAUGAAUGGUUUAAUCAGUAUAUAAGAACUAAUCCUGUAGUGCAGCAAGCUCAAGCUUCUCCUCCUCCUCCACCAGUUUUCAAUAUUCCACAGGGUACAAGUAUUGAAUCUAUCAGAAAAGGGAAAGCUCUGGUUGAUAAAAUCAAAAAAUAUGGGGCAGAAGAAUUCAGAGCUGCAAUUGAUGAUGAUCCUGAAAUGAUUGAGUUUUGGUUAGAAAAUACUACUCGGGUUUUGGAGGAAUUAUCUUGCACACCAGAAGAGUGUUUGAAAUGUGCAGUAUCAUUGCUAAAAGAUACUGCUUACCAUUGGUGGAAUACUAAAGCGUCAGUUGUUCCGAAAGAAGAAAUUACAUGGGAAUUCUUUCAGACCGAGAUCAGAAAGAAAUAUAUCAGUGGAAGGUUCCUCGAUCAGAAGAGAAAAGAAUUUCUUGAGCUGAAACAGGGUAACAGAUCAGUAUCUGAGUAUGAAAGAGAAUUUGUCCGAUUGAGUAAAUAUGCUCGGGAAUGGGUACAAUCAGAAGCCGAAAUGUGCAAACGAUUCGAAGAAGGGUUGAAUGAAGAAAUUAAGCUACUGAUCGGAAUUCUUGAAAUCCGAGAGUUUGCUACCCUUGCAGAGAUCGCUCUACCUCAGCUACUGGGGUAUCCGGGUAGAGAGCGAGGUUUUCAACGCACUAAUCCAAGACCUUCCACUCCAUCAGUGACCAGUGUUGGCAGUGUUGGUACCCCUAAGCCGAGAUGCCAGUACUGUAAUAAAACUCAUUUUGGUGAAUACCGAUUAAAGAGCGGGGCUUGUUACCGAUGUGGUUCUUUCGAUCAUUUCUUCAGAGAUUGUCCAGAAAUGGGUGAAAAAGAAAUUGAAUAG